AGAUAAUCUCGACAUUACAUGUUAAGUACAUAAUUUACAGCAUAAGUUUUGGCGCAAGCGAUAUGGGAAACACCAAAGAUGCAGUACUCAAGAGCAUGUUCCAAGAGUAUGCUAUCCUUCAUCAUAAAAAUGAACUGCUGGACAUUAUGAGAGCUGAUAAUGAAAUGAAACAUUACUCUAUCACAGUAAAUUUUGUUACUUUAUUUGAAAUAAGUACGCAACUAGGAGAUGCAAUCUUAUCAAAUUCAAGUCAUGUCCUGCCAAUAUGCGAUGGAGCUUUGGUAGAAGCUCAAAGAAUUCUAUUGGAAAUGCAAUCUGCAGAUACUAAACAUAAAUAUACUGUUAAACUGAACAUCCAUGCUCGGAUGACAGCUCUUCCAGUAUGCCCUGAACUUUAUCGCACAGUCUUCCCAAGAAAUGAGGAUGUUUGUAGCUUCCUUAGAGUGUCUGGUACUGUUGUAAGAAUUACAGCUUCUAAGAUGCUUGAGUUUCAGCGGGAUUUUGUAUGUUCAAAGUGCAAGUACACACAGACAGUUAAGGCUGACUAUGAACAAUAUUAUGUUAUAUCCAAUCCUAUACAUUGUUCCAACCCUGAAUAUUGUCAAGGAACAAAUAUUCAACCUGUAAAAAUAGCUGGUAGUUUCAAUUACAAAGAUUAUCAGGAAAUUAAGAUUCAGGAACAAGUAACAAAGCUGAAAAUGGGAACCAUUCCCAGAUCUAUGUGGAUUACCAUGGAGGAUGACCUGGUUGAUUCUUGCAAGCCUGGAGAUGAUGUUGUUAUAUGUGGUACUGUUAUGAGACGUUGGAGGCAUAUGUCUGAAGGCAGUCGAAGUGACAUUGAACUAGUGCUGAAAGCCAAUCACCUGCAAGUAUGUAAUGAACAGGGAUCAGCAGUGCUCAUUACCAGUGAAACUCGUGAUGAAUUCUCCAGAUAUUGGGAAGGUCAUUCACAUCAACCUCUGGUAGCACGAAAUCAUAUUUUAGCAUCUAUAUGUCCUCAGGUAUAUGGGCUUUAUCUGGUAAAGCUUGCUAUAGCUGUUGUAUUAUGUGGAGGUGUACAGAAGACUGACAUAUCAGGAUGUCAGGUUCGUGGAGAAUCUCACCUCUUGCUGGUUGGUGAUCCAGGCACAGGGAAGUCCCAUCUCCUGAGAUUUGUGUCCAGAGUUUGUCCACGAUCAGUACUGACUACUGGUGUGGGGUCUACAUCAGCAGGAUUGACCGUUUCUGCAGUUAGGGAAAAUGGAGAAUGGCAGCUGGAAGCUGGUGCCUUAGUUUUAUCUGAUGGUGGCGUUUGCUGUAUAGAUGAAUUCAACUCAAUUCGAGAACAUGAUCGUACAAGUAUUCACGAAGCAAUGGAGCAGCAAACAAUAAGUGUUGCCAAGGCUGGAUUAGUGUGCAAGUUAAAUACACGAUGUACAGUCUUGGCUGCCACUAAUCCAAAAGGCUGUUAUGACCCAACUCACCCACUUACUGUUAACAUAGCCUUAGCAAGUCCACUGCUGAGUCGUUUUGAUCUUGUUUUAAUCCUUGUUGAUUCUCGAAAUGAAGACUGGGACAGGUUUGUUUCUGGCUUCAUCCUGCAGGGUAAGGAUCCUAUGAAAGAAUGUGAAAAUGAAAAAGGGCCUGUCACACUAUGGGGAAUUGAGAAGCUACAAGCCUACUUCAGCAUUGUCAAAACUCUUAAUCCAGUAUUUACUGAAGAGGCUACUCUUGUUCUACGACGGUAUUAUCAAGUCCAAAGACAGACAGACUGUCGCAAUGCAGCCCGUACCACUGUAAGACUUCUUGAAAGUCUGGUCAGAUUAUCUCAAGCCCAUGCUCGACUCAUGUUCCGGGAGAACGUGACAGUCCAGGAUGCUGUUGUUGCUGUAUCACUUGUUGAAUCUUCAAUGCAAGGAUCUGCACUUACAGGAGGGAUUGAUGCUCUUCACACAUCAUUUCCACAUAACCCAAUGGAGGAAUACAGAAUACAGGUGGAGUUAGUGCUGAAGAAAUUACAGCUUCAUGAAAUACUGGACAAGGAAGUAGCAUGGCUACACACACUGAAUUCAGAAAACAUGGGAGAGGUCAUCAAGGACAACCCUAGAUCUAAACCAAAUACUGGAUGUGUCAGCUAUGGCCUCAGGCAUGAGACAGUAGAUCAUGCUGAGGGAACACUAAUCAGUAUUUCAAUGCAGUCACAGUCAGAAACGAAUGAAAGGAUUACAUGCGUUUCCAGCAAUUCUGAUCCAGAACUUGAGACUCUGGAAAAUUCAACAAUUUGUGAUACUGCAUGUAAACCUCAAACCCUUCCAGAAAAACUAAACAACACUUUGAGUAACAUUCGGAAAAUCAAAGACAGGAAUACUUGCGAAGUUGUUGAACACCAACGAGAAGUUACACAAAGAAAAACUCACGCAAAUAAAAAAAGUAAAAGAAAAUCAGGUUUAUCUUCAAGUAGUAAUGAAGCUGUGGAAGUGGAAAGUGACACAGGAAUUUUGAAAAAGAAAACAAUAAUGAAAGAAGAAAUAGAGAGUGUGAAAAUUCCAAGCACUGUAUACAACCAAGUGUCAAUGGAAACAUCUGAUGUGGGUCAGUCAAAUGACAAACUCAGACAGUCAAACUCUCUAAAACAAAGGUUCUUAUUCACAGAAGACUUAUGCUGUAAGACACCAGAUGACUCAGAUAAUAUGCAGGCAUGCAUCACAGUUAAGAAUAUAACAGAUGAAACACCAUAUAAUAAGCAGACACUCUCAUCUUCCAAGUUGUCAUCAUGCACAUUUCAAAAGUUACAAAAAUUCAAAAGGACCAUUUCAAUUACUGACAGUGUGCCUCAAACCAUACCAGAAAAUAAGGGAAAUCUUUUUCCAGUGGAUGAAAUUCUGGACUGCAAAACAGAUAGCAGUACUCAGAGAAUUAUCAGGCAGUCUGAAGCAUUAGACAACCUUGUAAAUUAUGGGAAAAAGUUGUCCAAUUCUCAGCGGUCUUCAAUUAGUGGCUCAACACCUUCAGACAAAACUGUGACGAAAGCAUCACAAAAUAACUCACAAGUAUUCAGUGCAGGAGGUUAUGACCUGGGAGAUCUGGAUUUUGAGAUAUAAUUAAGAAAGAAUUUCAUAUAUAAGUACACUAGUUUGAAUAUUUUGUGUAGAAAUCAGAUAAUGUACAAAAUCAUGUUAACGCAGUUUCAGAAAAUUUGGAAACACAGAAGAACUGUAUUCUUGGCUGAAAACAUAAUGUAGCCACUCAGUUCAUACUACAAAUGAGUAUGGUAGUCCUCUGAUUAAUUUUUAUAUGCAGGUAUUCCUUGAAUUAUGCAAUUGAUGUGUUACAAUGCAUGAAGUCAAAGAGGGUGAAAGCACACAAAUCAAACAUAAUUUUCCCUUCUCUCCUCACAUUCAUCCACAACCACCCACAGUACUCCCCCUUCUCCCCACCUCUCCUGAUCUGCUAGCUAGUGAUUCACAUUAAAGAAAGUGCUACUGAUUUAAAUUGGUCUAAAUUAGUUCAGCGCAUCAAAAUGAAAUUGCAUACUUGUAUGCAUAUUAUUAUAGAGAACAGAACAUCACAGAGACAUGGACUGUAUGUAAUACCUGUUAUUUUGUUUACGUAUGAAAUUGUGAAAAUUAUAUGAUCAUUCUUUCUCCACUAUUUAAUGAACCCCUCAAGCCAGUGUUAAAAUCACCACCCUCUCAAGUGGCAUUUAAAUUGUUACUGAGCACCCUCUUCACUUGUUCAAAAUUUCCCACAUUUUGUAAAUUAAAUACAUUUUUGAGAAAAAUUAAUAACAGUAUAAGCUGCAUUGUAUUCAGACUAUUUUCCUUAUUAGCCAGUCUGAAAUACAUUAGAAUCAAGCAAAAGAGUCAUGUUUGUUGACUGACCAAAGACUGCCAACUAAAAGAAAAAAGUCCUGCCUAUAUAUACUGAUUCUUGGAUAAAACCACACAUGGCAGGAAGCAUCAAGGCCUGUAGAAUGUCACAAUUCACAGUUUCAGUACCUCAACAGAGAGCGGCAGUAGAGAUUUAUUUAAGACACAGUGUACCCAUAUAUGUACAACCACUAUAGUGGAAUGUAAUGAGCACCAUGUACAGGUACAGUGAACCAGCUUCAGGGGUUAACACAUACCCAUAGAUAUUUAACUGACCAUGAAUUACAAUUAAUAUUACUGCAAAAUGUUACAUUAUACAGUGAAAUGUUGGUAAAAUGAACCACAGAUAUAAAAAUGUAUGUUAACACAUAGACAUUAGCUGUUACAGAUUAGAAAAAUGCUUUAGUUACAAAUGUGCAACUUUCUAUGAAAAUAUUUUUAAUUGCAAGUUGCUAUUUAAAGUAUGAAAGUAUUUGAUGGAAAAUCUGACAGUUUCUGCUACAUCAUUUAUGACCUUCCCAGUCUUGAAUUGGUAGAAACUCCAGAUUCUUGUAAUCUACUGACUCUACAUGUCAGUUCACUCGUAGCAUUCAUUGCCUUGAAGCCAGUUAUACUGAAUAAUAACAGUAACAUUAUGAAGACAAUUAUAUUGAUUCGUGGAGCUUCUGCAUAUUCAAAAUAAUGAUGUAAUAGAAUUCUCUAUUCUUACAACAUGAAAAACACAACAAUGAGUACUAGUCAUGAUUAUACAAAGUUCUUGAGAAGAUUAGUAGUGGGUUUAUAUAAAUAAAACAUCGGUUUGUCACUGGCUUAUCUGAGCCUUCUAUCCACUACAGUGUCCAAAUUCAAUAAUUUGCAUCAGGAG